CCUAUCAACACGUAGCACAUCCUUGUAAUGUAAAGACUUCACCACUUUAAUAUUUCAGCGACAUGUUUACGUGUCAAAACCAGUUUCGGAGGACACCCCUCCUGAGCAAACUUCACCGCCGUGUCAAAACCAGUUUCAGCUACAUAAAUACUGCAGUCCGGCAACUUGGACGUACGUUUUAGGAUUUACAGCAGCAGCUUGGUCUUUUCUUUUAUCAAAUUCUCUUCACAAUUUAAGGUCAGUCAGUUUGGUGUUCGUCGACGAUAGUAUCGGAGCAAUCAUGACCAUUGGAGUCGGAGUUCCUAUAUGUGUUGAAUGUGGGAGCACAAGCAACCCUUGUCGGUGCAAGGUGGUGGGUCCGACCCUCGGCUUCUUGGCGUUCGUCGCUGCCGCGGCGGUGGAGUGGCCUGUGGGGGCGGUGGUGUACAUCUUCCGACACAUGAAAGGCCGCCGUAUCAUGGCUCAUCCAGCCACCGUGGUGUACCCAUCCGUAACUAAUGCCAUUCCCAUUUGAAAUUGUGCUGUAUGCAUGUUAGGGAGUUCGAAGCAGAUAUGAUCUUACACUCUUAUCUCUCUGCCUUUGCAAGUUGUAUGUUUCCUUUCGUCUUCCUCCUUAUGUCUGUAUAAAAUGGUCGCUCUUUUUUUUGUGUUGAAGUCUGUAAUGCUCUUUUGUCUUUAUGAUAGAAAUU